UCACCUCGUGCAACCGAUGAACCCCCGCCAGUUGGGGCGACAUUCUGAGAGUCGCCAAGGAACCUGGUGAGAUCGCCAUUGCUGAUGCUGGACGCCCGGCGAGAGGAUCACCGUCUACGAGCCCUCAACCACCCCUGGCUGGAGGAGAGGGACAGGUACGCCUACAAGAUCCACCUGCCUGAGACCGUGGAGCAGCUGAGGAAGUUCAACGGCAGGAGGAAGCUGAAGGGUGCAGUGCUGGCAGCCGUUUCCAGCCACAAGUUUAACUCCUACUACGGAGACCCUCCAGAGGAGCUUCAUGACUACACAGAUGACCCCACCUCCUCAGGACUGCUAGCUGCUGAAAGUACGUAUCCCUCUCCCCGCCUGCCAUUAGACUCAUGA